GAACCACUCAACUUACCACCCCAAUUCAUUCAUUUAAAAGCCCAGAUUCCUGAACGACCAAUUCCAAACUCACAGCAACUGAACUGAAAUAAUGAGAGCGCUCCACUGUAGAUUGCCAUCCACCCCGUAUUUGCCAUUCUGCCACCACUCUCUUCUCUCUCUAAAAUUCCCAUUUCUCACUCUUCCUAUUUCUCCGAAUCAACACCCAUCCCUGCAAAAUUCACACACUCCUCUUGGCCACAGCCUAAGACCAAGAACCAUAAUCCCAGCUCCAAUGGCUUCAACUCCUUCAACCACGGAGGCAGUAACAGAGAAAGAGACAAAACCCUUCUCAGUGCUCUUUGUGUGCCUCGGCAACAUCUGCAGAAGCCCAGCUGCUGAGGGUGUCUUCACAGAUUUAGUCAAGAAAAGGGGCCUUGACUCCAAUUUCACGAUUGAUUCUGCUGGUACCAUUGAUUACCAUGAGGGUAAUGAAGCAGAUCCAAGAAUGAGGGCUGCCGCAAAAAGGCGUGAAAUCCAGAUAACUUCGUUGUCAAGGCCAAUUCGGCCCACGGAUUUCAGGGAUUUCGAUCUUAUUCUUGCUAUGGACAAGCAAAACAAAGAGGAUAUACUUGGAGCUCUGGAGAGAUGGAAUUUUAAGGAGAACUUACCUGCUGAUGCAUAUAAAAAGGUUGGUUAUUUCUGUAUAAUUUCAUUUGCGGGUCCUAGACUCUUAUACAUACACAUGUCAAUCAUGCAGGUUCGGUUAAUGUGCUCGUAUUGUAAAAAGCACGAUGAAAGUGAAGUUCCAGAUCCUUACUAUGGUGGUCCACAAGGUUUUGAGAAGGUUCUCGAUUUACUUGAAGAUGCAUGUGAAUCACUACUGGACAGCAUUUUAGCAGAAAACAGUCGCAUUUCUGUUUCUUAGCUCCUCAGAGGAAGCAGAUUGAUGGGAUUCAGUAGUCAUGUUGAUGGACUAAUAUUCAUGAUUCUGCUAGUAAUGGAUUUAUAUCUGCUACUUCUCAUAAAAGUUCAAAGUAGAAGUUGGCCAACUAAACCUGUUGCAGCCAUGCUGGUUGCAAACUGAUUAUUGUAAAUUUUUGCCGGAAAGUCAGGAUUAUAUCAUCUGCAUGUACUCGCGAUUUGGUGAAGACAAUAGAAAACGGUGAUCUGACAUUGCACAAUAAUAAA